AUGAAGGAUCUCACAUCGCUUUUCUCGGAUCUUAAUGUGCUCUAUAACAGUAAUAAACACUCGGAAGUUGCCAAAACUUGUCAAAGACUGAUAGAAGGAGGCAUUGAGGAUAAGAGACCUGUUUUGAGACAAUGGCUGAUUGCAUUGGUCAAGAGUGAUCAGUACAAAAAGUCCUAUGAUUUGUUGGGGCAAUAUAGCUCGGAAUUGAAUGAUGGCUUUUAUUUGGAAAGACUAUACGUCCUUUACAAACUGGGUUAUACCAAAGAAUUCGAGAAAGUGUAUGAAGGAGUGAAAAAUGCUGUGCAUGGGAAUAACUCACAAAGCAGAGGCGUGCUGCAUGUUCGUGCCCAAUUCUGCUUCAAAAACGGCAAAUAUGACGAGGCUACAGAAAUAUACAGGGUGUUGGCGCAGAAUAACAAAAACCAGCCCGAUAACGAAACCGAAAUUGCGUGCAACGAACGGGCUGCAUUGUCAUUUUCGAGCCUGGUCAAGGAAAGCGAACCAUACAUGCCCCUUCAGGAUGACUCGUACGAUCUGCUUCUAAAUGAAUCUUUGAUAGCACUCGCCCAGGACCACCCGGAAUUGAGUCUCGAAUAUCUCGAAAAGGCAUCAGAACUUGCAGCGCAAGAUGGUUUGGAUGACGACAAAUUUGCCAUCGGUCUCCAACGUGCGUACGUCUUGCAAAUUUUGGGUGACAUUAAAGGUUCAAAAGCUCUUCUUCGGUCCCUGCUGGAAGACAGUAAGGCCGGAUCAAAAAAUUACUUGCUGGCUUUCAACAAUCUCAAAUCACUGCAAGACAUAUCAAAAUACACCACAAACAUCCCGCUAUUGCUUCGCGAACUAAACGCCCCGAAAUUAAGUGGCGUGGUUGCAACAUUAGGGUUGGAACAGCAAAAGCGUGUGCUGGGCAACUUGCUCUUCUUGAAUCUUUUUAGCAAAUCUAGCGUUCAAGCGAAAAAGUCGAUUCUUUCCAAGACUCUAGCACACUAUCAAAAGAUUGUGGACGAUCCAAUCCUGGAAUCUUACCAAUCGCAAGCCAAGAAAUUGUUUCACUACGCCGAGUCUGUCAUGUCAUGCAGCAUUGAAGGGAGCGUUGUGGGUCUUGUUUUGUUAGCAGUUCAACUUCAGGUAGUUGAAAAACAAUACGAUAGAGCAAUCAUCUUGUGUGAGAAAUUCGUGAACAAUCCUUCUUCCGCAUUCAGUGCGUCCUACCGUACCAUUUGUUACGUUCUAUUUGAGCUAUAUCAAAAGACCGGAAGAACGACACCUUCACACAAUCUCACCUCAAAAAUAUGUGAUUCGAUGCGUGACGAGUAUGUGAAUGAGGACCCACAGUUCUGGAGGUUUAUAGCCUUCAAAAUGCAGGCUUUUCGCUCUUAUGAAAAAGCAGAUGGGAUAUUUGCUCGCCUGCAAAGCCAAUGCCCGUCUUUGUCACUUACCGAACUCAAUUGUGACAGGCAUGAACAACUGGGAGUAGAUUUGGACUCCCUAGUCGACACGGUUGAUGUCGAGGGUUUGAAAAACCAGGGAACGAUGCCUUUUGACAGUCGCACUAAACGCAGAGGAGACACUGCUCUAAACAAGACGAUUAAGAAAAGAAGGGUUCAUAAGAAGAGGAAGCUGCCUAAAAGCUUUGACCCUAAAAUACAGCCAAACCCAGAAAGGUGGCUCCCACUCAAAGAUCGUUCGGACUAUAAACCUAACAAGAAGGUGGCGGCAAAACUGACACAAGGCGGCGGCGCCAAUUUAAAGGGCACUCAGAGCCUGGACAUGUCCAAAAAGUCCAAAUCCAAGAAACGCAAAUGA